AUGCGCCUUCCUUCAAUGUCCAUCGGAGUCAUCCUCCUCACCAUUGCCAGCUGCACAUCCAUACUCCCCCAGCUACCUGGACAUGCUACCAGAUCAGAUGGAAAUGCAGAUGUCAUUCUAAUCACAGGAGUAACCAGCAGAACAGGGCAGGGGAGAAAGCAAACAGGCCAUGUCCCCAUCCGGCGUGAGAUACAAGACCUCAAAGAUAAUUCCCCGGACCAGUGGAACCUGUAUCUGCUUGGGCUGAGGGCGUUUCAGGCGGUGGAUGAAAGUAAUCCCGUUUCUUAUUACGAGAUUGCAGGGAUUCACGGAAGGCCAUAUAAGAUCUGGCAAGGGGCUGAAAAGGCACCAGGAAAGACGGGAGGAUAUUGUCCGCAUGGGAAUACACUGUUCUUUGGAUGGCACCGUCCGUACUUGGCUCUGUUUGAACAAGAGCUAUACCGGCACAUUCAAAGAAUUGCACAGCAAUUCCCCGCGAACCUCAAGGCACGCUACAUCGCUGCAGCCCAAGACUUCCGCAUCCCAUACUGGGACUGGGGCUUGGGGCCCAAAGGAGGUAGUGUUCCAGAUUUCCUCCUAAGCAUGACGAUCGAAGUGCUGGAGACGGACGGCACGGUCAAGCAAAUCCCGAAUCCGCUGUGUCGCUAUGAAUUCCAUCCCCUAGUUGCCGGUGAUUUCGAGAGCAAGUGGGCAGCAUUCAACACAACCCUCCGAUGGCCGUCCAGCGAGCUCUCCACCGCGGUAUCGCAGCCCGAGAAAGUCGUCGCGGAGUACGACAUGCGACGCCGCAACUACAGGGACAAGAUCGGCCAAGCCUUCGCGGUUGCCAAGGGGUUGAAUGAGUUCAGCACCAAGUUCAUCGAGGACGUGCAUGGAUGGAUCCAUUAUGCGUUUGGGGGCAUGAAGCCAGACGGACACAUGUGGCCGUCGGAUUACUCUGCUUUUGAUCCCGUUUUUAUGCUGCACCAUGCAAAUGUAGACCGCCUCUUCGCCAUCUGGCAAUCCCUUCAUCCGGAGCAGUCCACCAUCACCCCCACCCGCACCAGCACCUCGAACCUCUGGAUCGACGCCAACACGGUCCUCGACGCCGACACCCCGCUCCUCCCCUUCUACCGCAGCCCAACCUCGUUCUGGACCACCAAUGACGUCCGCGAUACCGCGGUGCUCGGAUAUGCGUACCCGGAAACGCAGCGGUGGAAUUUUCCGUCCGACGAGGAGUUUCGGAGCAGUUUGAAUGCGACGGUUUCGAGGUUGUAUCGGUCGAGUUCAAGGGAUUUGCUGGAAAUGAUGGUUUUGCUUGAUGAAGUGGAUCGGUCGUUUGAGGAUUGGAAUGUGAGGGUUGGCGGGGGGAGGGGGAGGUUGCCGGGGGCGUUUAUUGCGAGGUUCUUCUUUGAAGCUGGGGAGUAUGGUGGGAAAGGGCGGAGGGAGGUGGGGGUUUGGAUGGUGGUGACGGGUGGUGGGCAUCAGGCUGGUGUACAGUUUGGAGAAAAGGGCAAGGGGGAGAGAAAGAAGGCAAGUGUGGAGGAGAUGGAUAUGCAGGGAUUGGUGAGUCUGACGUCCAGUCUACUUGAGGAGAUCGCGGCGGGGAAAUUGGCGAGUUUGGACAAGGAGGACGUGGUUCCAUUUUUGAGGGAGAGGUUGAGUUGGAGCGUCGAAGCGGGCGAUGGGUCGAUGGUAUCGGCCAGUGGGUUCAACAAUGGCCUUGUCGUCGAGGUUGUGAGUACAAGAGUCAGGAUUCCAGUGGAUGAGGAACAGUUGUUGGAGUAUAGCGAUGAGUGGGUUUCGCAUCCGGAGGGUACGAGGGGGAAGAGCGGAGGUGUCUGGUGGUGA